CUACCGGUUCGAGCGAUGCGUCAAUUAAAUUAUUAGACACAAGUCGGCUUAUGCGCAAAUUCGACUCAAACGACGACGUCAAACGCGUACUAAAGACCUUCUACGACCACACACAGCCGGUCCAAGCACUGGCGUUCCAUCCGCGCUCGAGUUUACUCGCCGCAGGAGGCUUAGACAACACAGUAAAAAUGUUUGAUUACCAAAAACUCAACUAUAAGCGGGCGAAUAAAUCCUUGACGGAAUCCCAUGCGGUGAAUGCCAUAGCGUUCCACCCGGGAGGAGAUUACUUAUUAGUAGGUACGGCACAUUCAGUGCUACGACUGUAUGAUGUGAACACGCUGGCGUGUUUUAGCAGCAGGAACUCGAGGGAGUUUCAUCAGGGCGGCGUGACUGGAUAUACACAAUUCAGCUAUUCCAUCGGUGCUAGUCAUUUCGCUAACCAAGCACGAACAUUUUCUCCACCAGGACGAGAGAUAUUCCAGUACGGAGAGGUCGGGCUAAGAAACUACUCGUCAGCGGCAGUCUUUGGGCCGGCUGAGGACUUUGUAAUGACGGGGGAUGAUAAGAACAAUUCGGUUGUCCUAUGGAACUCGAGGACGGGAGAACGAUUGAAAUACUUUGUGGGUCACCAAGGUCCCAUCAGGUGCUUAGCUUCAUCACCAAACUCGCCCGGAUUCUUCUCAUGCAGUGACGAUUUCCGAGCGCGCUUCUGGGCAUACAAACAAGAAAACUGAACUAGUGGGCAGCUUCAGCCUGCUUCCUAUUAAAGAAUGCCGAUUGAUAAUUCGAUGUUGGACUACACCAUCUCUGUAGUAUCCAAUCUGUUGAUAGAGGUUAAUGUAGUAAAUCUAUAAUCUCACCUUUUCACAACUGCUCCCUACUCUGCUCACUCUCUCGAGAGAGCGAGCGAGAGCUGAAUAUUAGAGAUUGAAUGAUUGAUGCGACGUUCAAAUCAAUUUGUGCCAUCAGGAAGUCAGGAACUCGCAGAGAAUAUUUAUUUUUGUAAUUUAUCGCAACAAAAAUCAGAUGCCAGGUGCCAGAUUCGGAGAUUCCAGAUUCCAGAGCGCAAAUGUUUUUUUUUGGGAGGGCCAGCGAGACUUUAAAAGAACAGGUCUCUUGGGAGGGCCCUAAAUAAAUAUUUCUAAUUUCAGGAGGCGA